UCCACUUCUUGACAGCCCCAGCAGACACUUGUUUGGUUUUGUGUUACUUUUGGCAGUUUUUUUAUUUAUAAAAACCUGAACUUUUUUUACUUUACACUUAAUUUCCGUAACGGAUACAACAUUUCAGUUCCACAUCUGCAAGACUAAAGAUGCAUUUAAAAUAGUAUGUGAGAGUUAAAAGCAAUGGUCCCCAUUUCCUUCAUUGAUGAUGUCGGGACAUGCUGUAGUUGUCUGGGAAUGGGAAAAUAGAAAUGGGUAUUGGAAGCCUUACUCGCCGGCCGUGGCGCAGCAUCUUGAGCGAGCGAACGUCAAGCAGCUGACACGAGUCAUAUUAUCAGAUGCAGAUCCUAGCCUCCUAAAUUACUAUGUGAACUUGAGGAGCUUAACUCAGGAAUUGGAGGAUGCGGAUGUGGUGGUACGAGUGAGGCGAAAAUGUUAUCCACCUACUUCUCCUGCUGGGAAAGGUGCAAAGUGGGAAAUUGCGGUCGAUCAUGGUACCGAGUGGCAAGUUUUUGAUAUGGACAUUCAGUGUAUCAUUGAAGAGGCAUGGGCCAGGGGGGAUCAGACAAUCGACAUGAGCCUAACGUACCUGGGAUUUCCCUACAUAAUCAAUUUCGGUAACUUAACGCUGAGGUGGUUAACAAAUGGGCGACUACGAAAUAUUCGUCGAAUAAAGCAGGCCCCAUAUCCGUUAGUUAAAGUGAGACUCGAGGAAUUGGCAGUCGUGACUGGCCGUCGUUCUUCGGACAUACGGAAGUCAUACCGCAAUAUAGAGCCAAACUCUGCUACGAAACUUGUUAGUCCGACUAAUAGUGCAAUGGAAUGCAAGAAGCCCACAAAUUCUAAGAAAAAAGGUAGUAAUAAGCUAAAGAGUAAUGGUGAAACCACCACGUCGAAUUUGGCUCGGACAAUUUUGCACAAUCUGAAUAUUUUUGGUCAUAAAUCGUGUAAUAAUGUACAAAGUCAAAAUAGUGAUAAUAAAGCACAUAAGGAAUCUCUACUGGAUGCUGAUAGUAGCAGUACAAAGUCAGGACGACGGCCAAGUUUGGACACAGUUUCUACGUACCUUAGUCAAGAAAGUCAAGCGACGACUUCCACCACUGAUUUGCUGAAUUACAGUACUGGAAGUGACGAUGGUGUGGUUGAUACUGAGGAUUUACCUUCAAUUGUUGGUGUUGAUUUGGCCAGUGCAAUAAUUUCUAGAUUUGUAAGAGUAUCUCAACCGAAUGAAUGGGCACCAAGACAACCAUGUCCGUCAUGCAGGGAACUAUUGAAACCAUCCAGAGUUGUUAUAGCACUACCCUGCAAUCACGUCCUCCAUUUGGAUUGCGUGAACUAUCUUUUAAAGCACCAACAGGCGACCGGUGCAAAACUGCACAUACAGUGCGUAGUCUGUGGGUGCGUUUACGGAGAGAAGCAUGGCAACCAACCUCCGGGAACCAUGGAAUGGGGCGUCAUUGACCGGAACCUGCCCGGUUUCACGAAUCACCGUACCAUCCAAAUCAUAUACAACAUUCAGUCCGGAAUACAAAGUACAGAACAUCCGAAUCCCGGACGCGAAUAUUAUGCAGUCGGUUUUCCCAGAAUUGCUUAUCUUCCCGACAACUCGGCCGGUCGGAGAGCUCUACGUUUGUUGAACGUGGCGUGGCAGAGGCGGUUGGUUUUUACUGUCAAUCGCUCACACACAACAGGCUGCGAGGACGUCGUUGCAUGGAAUUUGCCCCACAAAACGGAAAUCGGAUCGAAUGGCUCCGGACACGGUUACCCUGAUCAGGGGUAUCUGCAUCGUUUGAUACGGGAACUUGAGGCACUGGGUGUAAAAGAAGAGUAAUGGUCAACAUUCCUAACUUUUUUCUUUCUAUACUACAAAGUAUAGCGGCUACUUUAACUUUUUUGACAGGCGAGUUUUGCCAAGUGUAAGGAUUCAUUCGUAAUUAGACUCGCCCUUUUGAUUCUCACUACCCUCUUUCGACUGAAAAUUUUUCUCAGUAUUAACAAAUCAUUGACUGAACUACUGCCUAACGUAGUUUCUUUGUGUGAUACUUUUUUAGCAGCUCGGUGGAUUUGAGCUAAUUUCUCUGCAGAGCAUAUUCUUGCCAAACAUGAAUUAUAACGUGCCAAGCAUACACGUUGUGAAACGAAGGUUGUAUGUGAUUGCCACUUGUUAGUUUAAGCAACAGAGUAUUUUAAAAAUCGUUAUUACUAUUUAAUUUUACUUGGAAAGCUGUAAAUCAGCUCAUUUAUACUUUAAAACGGACCGUGUCCUCGACAUUUAGCAAUAAUUAUAAAUGAAGCUUUAAUAUGAGUGUUUUCCACAAUGUUUAUUUAUAAGUUCAAAUUUUAUUUUUUGGAGUGAAGGUUAAAAGUACUUUUUAUUUAGGUGAUGGUAUUAGGUUGCCAUGAUGAUAUGUUACCAAUGAUACGGAUAAAGCGUAUGGAAUCGAGAACAAAAUUUGAACAAAGCCUAAUGAGCGUGAGAGUUCGAUUUCUUACUUUUUAUCAAACUGCAUGUAGAUUUUUGUACAUUUUGUCAAAAUAUGUAAUCAUAAUGGCCUACCACAAUACACAUGUUAUAUUCCCCACAUUAUAAAGAAAAGCACACAUGUAAGUGGAACUGAACGGGAGUAAGACUGGAAAUGUCAAUCACUGUACUAAUUGGAAGCUUUUGAUUCAGUACAAAGUUAAUAAUUAUCAAACGACUGCCUUAAGUAUGUAUAAUCUCAGUGCGUCCAUGUAUUGCAGCUAUGACAAUAUAAAUCAUGCCAAAUUAAUUGUAGAAUAAGAUUAUUUUCAUAUAUAUGUAGUUUGUUAUGAAUUAUAAAAAUAAAUAAAUUACGUUCUGUGAAAA